GCGUGACCUCCGUUGCGCCAGGGCGGCUCGGUGUGAGUUUUGCGCGCGGAGCCUGGAGAGGCCGGCCGUGGCGGCUGCACUGGGCGAACGGGGCUCCACGUGCUGCCCGCGGCCCGUUGGAACCGUUGACGGCGUCGGCUGAGAGGACCAGAGUUUCAGCCUGUCUUGGAUAGAGUAUAUUUCAUCAUUUCGCUAAAAAUGGUAUUUUUUACAUGCAAUGCAUGUGGUGAAUCAGUGAAGAAAAUACAGGUGGAGAAGCAUGUGUCUGUCUGCAGAAGCUGUGAAUGUCUUUCAUGCAUCGACUGUGGGAAAGACUUCUGGGGCGAUGACUACAGACACCAUGUGAAGUGCAUCAGCGAAGACCAGAAGUACGGGGGCAAGGGCUACGGGGGCAAGACCCACAAGGGUGAUGUGAAGCAGCAGGCGUGGAUUCAGAAAAUUAAUGAAUUAAUAAAGAAACCUAACGUCAGCCCCAAGGUGAGAGAACUUUUACAGCAAAUAAGUGGUUUUGACAACAUUCCCAGGAAAAAGGCGAAGUUUCAGAACUGGAUGAAGAACAGCUUGAAAGUGCAGAAUGAGUCUGUCCUGGAGCAGGUGUGGAGCAUCUUCUCAGAAGCUUCCAGCAGUGAGCCAGCCAGUAAGGAACAAGAUCAGCAGCCACCAAGCCAGGUGGCCAAGCCCCAUGCAGAAAUCCCUGCUAAGGUUCCGUCCUCAAAAACCAACGGCACCACAGAAGAGCACACAGAGGCGAAGAAUAAAAGAGAAAGGAAGGAGGGGCGGCAGAGGAGCAGGAGGGAGAAGAAGGAGCUGAAGUUGGAGGGCCAGAAGCCGAGCAAGCACAGAAAGGGGCUGGAGGCCCAGCUGGUGGCUGACGGGGAAGAAGCCCCCAAGGCCAAUGGCUCAGCAGGGAAGAAGGGCAAGAAGAAGAGGGUCCAGGACCAGCAGGCCCCAGAAGAGGGAGCAGACAGAAGCGGGGGCCCCAGGCACAGUGCUGACGAGGCCCAGGCAAAGACAGCUACGGGAAAGAGAAAGCGGAAGCACUCAGAAGUUGAGUCAGAUUGCAAGAAGAAAAAGGUGGUGCUGCCUGGACAUCCUGAGGAAGGAGAGCCCAGAGACCACGAGGCUCCUGCAAAAGGGAAGUUCAACUGGAAGGGAACGAUCAAAGCAGUUCUGAAGCAGGCUCCAGACAACGAGAUACCAAUCAAAAGGCUAAAGAGAAAGGUUCUCAGUCAGUAUCACGCGGUGACAAGUGACCAUCACAAGUCUGAGGAGGAGCUCCUGGCCAUCUUCCACAAGAAAAUCAGCAGGAACCCCACCUUUAAGGUGCUCAAGGACAAAGUGAAGCUUUUGAAGUGAGGCCACCUCACAUGCCCACUCCAUCGACACCUUCCCUCCCUGCUGUUUGUAAAAUGCCAUGAAUCAUAACAGCCCGAUCUUGCUUUCUAAAGCUGUAUUUUUAAGUUAAGGGAAAAAAAAAUAUUUUUGUUAGAACUUUUAUGAAAAAAUAUAUUCUUUUCAAAUUCUAAA